UGUCCUACUGGUACCGGGAGGUUGCAAAAGGCUGGUCAUGGGGCUCGGUGCUGCUGCUGCUACUGCCCGUGCUUUGGGGCCUACCCUGCUUUGCAUCGGCCUGACCACCAGGUCUCCAGGGCGCCCCCUCUACAUCAGAGCUGGGAGCCAGCCCAGAUGGCCAUGGCUGGAGAGAACAGCCCUUCCAGGCACGAAGGCGCCCCAGCUCCAGUACGAGUCCUCACUCAUUUCCUGGGCAGGUGGCUGACCCAGGAGUGGGCGUGGUGCUUGGGUGGAGCGGAGGAGGCGGGGCCGGCUGGGACACCCCUGGCUCUGGUUGAAAAGCUGACAGUCCUCAGUCCUUGGUCCUGUGCCUCCUGCCCCAUUUUUUCCGGAGGAUUUGGCCUCAUGGCUCCGGCGAAGGUACCUGGGGCCUGCCUGCUCACAGUUCGCGUCCUGCAGGCCCAUGGUCUGCCCUCGAGGGAUCUAGUGACCUCUUCUGACUGCUAUGUGACCUUGUGGCUGCCCACAGCCCCCAGCCACAGGUUGCAGACACGCACGGUCAGGAACAGCAGGAGCCCCAUCUGGAACCAGAGCUUUCACUUCCGAGUCCACAGCCAGCUCAAGAAUGUCGUGGAACUGAAGGUCUUUGACCAGGACCUGUUGACCAAAGAUGACCCCAUGUUGUCAGUGCUGUUUGACGCGGGGACUCUGCGGGUCGGGGAGAUCCGGCGUGAGAGCUUCUCACUGAGCCCUCAGGGUGAGGAGCGCCUUGAAGUUGAGUUUAGGCUGCAGAGUCUGACAGACUGUGCCGAGCAGCUGGCCAGCAAUGACAUCUUGGUGGCCCGGGAACUCUCCUGCCUGCAUGUUCAGCUGGAGGACACAGGAGACCAGAAGGGGUCAAAGGGCACAGUUCAACUCGUGGUCCCUGGGUCCUUCGAGGGUCCACAGGAGGCCCCCGUGGGCACCGGCAGCUUCCUCUUCCAUUACCCGGCCUCCUGGGAGCAGGAGCUGAGCAUUCGUCUUCAGGGUGCCCCACAGGAACACCUGAAGGUGCCCCUGAGGGCCCUGCCCUGUGGCCAGGUGGUGAGGCUCGUCUUCCCCACGUCCCAGGAGCCCCUGAUGAGGGUGGAGCUGAGAAAAGAAGAAGGACCCAGGGAGCUGGACGUGCGGCUGGGCUGCGGGCCCUGCCCCGAGGAGCAGGCCUUCCUAAGUAGGAGGAAGCAGGUGGUGGCCACGGCCCUGAAGCAGGCCCUGCAGCUGGACAGAGACCUGCAGGAGCACGAGGUUCCAGUGGUAGCUGUUAUGGCCACCGGCGGCGGGAUCCGGGCGAUGACCUCCCUGUACGGACAACUGGCCGGCCUGAGAGAGCUGGGCCUCCUGGACUGCAUCUCCUACAUCACAGGGGCCUCGGGCUCCACCUGGGCCUUAGCCAACCUCUACGAGGACCCGGAGUGGUCUCAGAAGGACCUGGCAGGACCUACCGAGCUGCUGAAGACCCAGGUGACCAAGAGCAAGCUGGGCGUGCUGGCCCCCAGCCAGCUGCAGCGGUACCGGCAGGAGCUGGCAGAGCGUGCCCGCCUGGGCUACCCGGCCUGCUUCACCAACCUGUGGGCCCUCAUCAACGAGGCGCUGCUGCACGACCAGCCCCAUGAGCACAAGCUCUCAGACCAGCGGGAGGCCCUGAGCCGGGGCCAGAACCCUCUGCCCAUCUACUGCGCCCUCAACACCAAGGAGCAGAGCCUGACUACCUUCGAAUUUGGGGAGUGGGUCGAGUUCUCCCCCUACGAGGUCGGCUUCCCCAAGUACGGGGCCUUCAUCCCCUCCGAGCUCUUCGGCUCUGAGUUCUUCAUGGGGCGACUGAUGAAGCGGCUCCCCGAGUCCCGCAUCUGCUUCCUGGAAGGUAUCUGGAGCAACCUGUAUGCAGCCAACCUUCAGGACAGCCUGUACUGGGCCUCCGAGCCCAGCGAGUUCUGGGACCACUGGGUGCAGAAUCGGGCCAGCCUGGACAAGGAGCAGGUCCCCAUUCUGAAGGUGGAAGAGCCACCCACGAUGGCUGGCAGGAUAGCCGAGUUUUUCACUGACCUUCUGACGAGGCGCCCACUCGCCCAGGCCACCCACAAUUUCCUGCGUGGCCUCCAUUUCCACAGAGACUAUUUCCAGCAUCCUCACUUCUCUGCCUGGAAAGCCACCAAACUGGACGGCCUGCCCAACCAGCUGUCACCCGUGGAGCACCUCCUCUGCUUGCUGGAUGUCGGCUACCUCAUCAACACCAGCUGCCCACCUCUCCUGCAGCCCACCCGGGACGUGGACCUGAUCCUGUCACUGGACUACAACCUCCACGGAGCCUUUCAGCAGCUGCAGCUCCUCGGCCGGUUCUGCCAGGAGCAGGGGAUCCCAUUCCCGCCCAUUGCGCCUAGCCCUGAGCAGCAGCGCCAGCCUCAGGAGUGCCACACCUUCUCCGACCCCGCCUGCCCUGAGGCCCCCUUGGUGCUGCACUUCCCUCUGGUCAACGACUCCUUCCGGGAGUACUCAGCCCCUGGGGUUCGGCGGACACCAGAGGAGAAGGAGGCCGGGGAGGUGAACCUGUCCUCGUCCGACUCCCCUUACCACUACACGAAGGUGACCUACAGCCCAGAGGACACGGACAGGCUGCUGCGCCUGACGCGUUACAACAUCUGCAACAACCGGGAGCAGCUGCUGGGGGCCCUGCGCCAGGCCGUGCAGCGGAGGCGGCAGCGCAGGCAGCCCAAGCCCUCGUGACGCUGCCGACUGAGGCGCCUGCCCGGGGCUCCCGCCUGGCCCCCGCCACCUGUGACUCUUUGAGGUCCCUCCCCUUCUGCUUUGAAUCAGGGACAGGGACUGUUCUCAAGUGUUCUGGGGUCUUGGAUGCCGAGGACCAAGCACGUGUGAUGCCGAGGCCAUAAGCGACCCUGUCCCAGAGCCCAGGCUGAAGGCCGUAACCAGGGCGCUUUCUCCUGGCAGCUGGGCCCUGGUCCCCAUGGAGUAGGCCUGCAGCUGCCCCUCCAGCCAGAGGAGGACUGGGGGGCAAAGGUCCUGUGGCAGCCCCUAAGGGUGGAGGUGGGGCUGGAGCCCCAGGCAGCGUCAGCCUCAGUCUGUGUGGGCACUCAGAGCCCUGCGCCUGCGUCUGUCCACCCUCCAUGUGCCUUGACUGGUUACACGAAGUAAAACGGAGACCCACGUGAA